ACUUCACGCAGUACAGACCUGUCCAAGCGAUUGGAACACAGCGCCAUACGCAGUGGAUAUUUCGUCAUACAAACAUUGUGAUAGUGACAAAAAUCAUUCAGGACGUGAUUUAGUGGGAGUGAAACAUUUGAAUUUUAUAUUUAUUUACUGUUUAUAAACUAACUGUGAGCGAUAAGGACGUUGUGAAUUACUGUUUUGUGGAUUAUGAUAUUGUACCCACGAUUUGGAUAAUUCCGGAUAAGGAGUGCAAAAACACCGCAAAUAUUUUUAACCACAGUGAUAAUUCGUGCGGACCAAUCGACGUCCGCCGAAACAUGGUUGCCGAGUUCAUCCUGAGUCAGCAGCAGCUGCUGAGCGGAGCGGGUGGUGGAGCCUUGGGCCCCGUGCCACCCCCUUCCCGCGCACCACCUCCUCCAAGAGGUCGCCACUCCGUCUCCCCACACUUCCCAAUGGACCAGAGCCAAGGCCCCGUGGGCAGCCCCGGCGACCCAAAUGACUACUCUCCUUUCGAAUUCAACAAACGCAAGGAGUUUUUCGGUCAGCGUAAGCAGAGGGAGUUCAUCCCCGACAGCAAGAAAGAUGAUGGUUACUGGGACCGUCGCAGGAGAAACAACGAAGCUGCCAAGCGUUCCCGAGAAAAGAGGCGCUUUAAUGACAUGGUUUUGGAACAGCGCGUCGUUGAACUGUCAAAGGAGAACCACGUACUCAAAGCACAGCUUGAUGCUAUAAAGGAGAAAUAUGGAAUAUGUGGAGAAACCCUCAUAAGCAUAGACCAGGUGUUGGCCACUCUACCUACAUGUGAUCAGGUUCUCUGUGUCACGAAGAGGAGUAAGCUGACGCCGAACGCACUGUUCCCCGCGCCACCACCACCACCACCAGCAGCACCUGCAUCGCCUCCCUCACCACCACCUCAGCGCCAGCCGGAGCCCUACCAAGAGAGGCUACCGGCCCCCGAAGCGUACUACCCACACCCUGCACACUACGAGCCACCCGGCUCAGUUCUCAACCUGUCCAGAUCUCGCCGCGUGCCCUCUCCCUAUGAGCUGUCCUCUCUCUCAGGCUCAGGGGACGAGACCGCUGAACAGUAUGCCCCUGAAAACAACGGGCUGCCGCUCAAACUUCGCCAUAAAUCCCAUCUCGGUGACAAGGAUGUCGCUAGCGCCCUGCUCUCCCUUCAGCACAUAAAGCAGGAGCCAGGUCCCCGGUCCUCACCCUCAUGGGACGGGGAAGGUUCUAGUGACGAAAGAGACUCUGGGAUCUCCAUAGGCGCAGAGUUCAGGCCGCAGCGACCUGACGACAGGCUAGUGACUGAGGAGGACGACACGCAUCUGAAGGCGGAGCUGGAGCGGCUGGCGACGGAGGUGGCCACGCUAAAGAACAUGAUGCACCAGAACAAGGCGCGCGCGCACGAGCACUGAGCAGCCGCCGCCUGCGCCUGGACCGCGCAGCCGCCCCCGCCCGCGCCCGCGCCGCGCCCCGCGCCCCGCGCCCUGCGCUCAGCGUCGCACUCGCUCGUACAAACUGUCUCCCCUCCCAGUAGAUGAAGUUACCACGUUGUAAAGAGAUGAAUAUUAUAUUUGUAUCAUAUUGUGCAGCUGUAAGCGGCUAAGCCGACGCCUAUUUGUAAUCCUUCCUAUUAGUUGUCUGUCGUGGUCGAUGUAUAGUAUGUACUCGUGUAGGGUAGGCAGAAGUAGUGGCAGGUCGUCGUAGACGCGCCUCCUGGACCCUUUUAUAUGAAAAUGAGACUAAUUAUGUUCGGUUUAGACUUUUCGAACAGAUAAAACUUGUCUACUCAGUGAUAGGAUAUAAAAAAUGCAUUUUUAGUGAUGAGCUAUGUAUGUAUAUGUAAUUAAGUUAAAGUAGUAGAUCUGUUUCAUCUUUUCGAAGACUCGAUAGUGAAAAAUCGAUGGCUAAAGACUAUGUUCUUAUAAGUAGUUUGUAAGCUUUGAUCUAAGUAAAUUUAAGUCCAACUUAGAUGGUUAUUUAUAAAAUUAAUGUAUAUUUCUCAUUUCGGAUUGCCCCGUUAAGUUUUGAACCAAAAAGAUAGGUCCUCUGGUUAACUGGUGAGAAAUCGCAAAUACUAUGUAAGACAUUAAAUAGUACUACAUACAUUAAAUCCUAUACGACAGAUGUAUUGAUAAAUAUAACAAAAACAAGAAUACCAGUGCCUUUUACAAUACAUACCUACCUUUAUAAAUAGCUACAUAAAGGAAUAUUUUUGUACACUUAUUAGUAAAAAAAGAAAAUGGCCAUUUCAUCUUUCGAGAACCAUGGUCGUUACUACGGGUUUGUGACUCACAGCAACUCGAUUGGUAGAUCUAUUCGUUUCCUUUUGAAAAGCGAAUGGUAGUUGAUAAAUUAGUGUAACAGCGAGAUGAUUUCGAGUUGUAGUGAGUAACGAACUCGUGGUAGACACAAGAUUAAAUUUGUAAAUGUAUCGAAUCCUAAGAGAUGCUAGUUGGCAAGUAUUUCAGUAAAUAUUGUAAAUGUUACUCCUAGUAUUGCUCUAAAGGGCAUGUGAUAGGACUGAGAAGAUGGUAUACUAAGUAUUUAUUUAUUGUUCGGACCGUGAAAGAGGAUUUUACAAUUUAUUAUCUUUGUAUAAGAACACUAUACGAUAUGAAUAAAUUGUGUACAUUACAAUUA